GACCAAACCAAACAUUCAUUCACCAAUUUCUUUCUCUCUUGUUCGUCUCCCCACAUAACCCUAAAACCCCAAAUUCAAUGCAACAGUCCCCAUCUCCAGAAUCAUACCCUCCAUGUUUUCGUCAAAAUCACCUCUCAAAUCAAAUCCACAGCAAUCACGUUGCAGAAAUCAAUCACGAUCGGGAAGAUCCACUUCCGGUGAUAGAUCUCGACCGUAUUGAUCUUCGGAAACUGAAUGAAGCUUGUACAGACUGGGGAAUAUUCCGGCUGAUCAACCAUGGAAUUCCGUCGAGUCUCCUAUCGGAACUCCAUGAACAUACUGUUAGGGUUUUUGAUCUCGGAUAUGAAUCGAAACGAAACCUGUUUUCAUCAAUCCCUACAUCUUCCAUAUCGUAUUUCUGGGGUACCCCUGCCCUAACUCCUGCUGGGGAUGCCCUCUAUAAGCCCAAUACUCAUCAUGAAAAGGAUGAUUCCAAGAACUAUAACUGGGUUGAAGGUUUGAAUGUUCCAUUGGGUCCAUCUUCACAGAUUCAACUUCAUCAACACCCCUUGCUUCAUGAUUUCAGGAUAUUAUUAGAAGAAUAUGGGGCCCACCAAGCAAGGGUAGCAAAGUCGGUAUUUGAUUCAAUGCUACGAAAUCUGAAAUUGGGUGAAGAAAAUGAAUGUUGCUUGUCACCUUCAACUGGGAUCUUGAGGGUGUAUAGAUAUCCAAGGUGCUAUUCUGACAACCCACCAAAAGUAUGGGGGUUGGAUGUGCACACUGAUAGUUCUUUGGUGACCAUUUUGAAUCAAGAUGAGGUUGGAGGGCUUCAAAUUAAUUCUGAGAAAGAUGAUGCUUGGAUAGAUGCCAAACCUAUUCCCAACACUCUACUGGUUCAUCUUGGUGAUAUGAUGCAGGCAAUAAGCGAUGACAAAUACAAGAGCGUGAAACACAGGGUGAAGGUGCAUAAAGACAAGGAGCGGAUUUCAAUUGGAUACUUUGUGUUCCCGGGGGAUGAUUAUGUGAUCCGAAGCUCCAUUUACGAACCUUUUACUUAUUCGGAUUUUAGGACCCAAGUCCAACAUGACAUCAAGGCCUUGGGAGCCAAGGUAGGACUUUCAAGGUUCAAACUCAACAAGGACAACGACUUCUAAUUUUAGAUCGUAGUUUGUUUUCGGUUGUCGUUUCUUGUAGUUUGGGGACAUAACAACAGCUUGGUGAAUGUGAAUGGCAAUGUUUCUUGAAGGG